GGAAAUGCCCGAGCGAUGACGGAAACCCGGAGGGAGGGGAGAGAAAGAGCGAGAGAAGGGGAAAGAUAGCCGGGAGAGGCCGGCAGGCGUGAGGCGGGCCUGAAGCGGUUAGCGGGCGGCCUUCGUCCGGCGAGAGCUAGUCCGAGGGCCCGCACCGCCUUUCCGGCACCUCCCCGCGUCCUUCACCGACUCCCGCGGCGCGCGGCCGGGCGGGGAAGGGCGGGCGGGGGUCUCCUCCAGGCCUCGCGCUCGGAGCCGCCUGCUGGGUUUGGGCGGGGCGCGGGGACCGCGGCCGCCCUCCCCGGCUCGGUCCUCCCCCUGUGGGAUCUGGCGACGGCGGCUGAGGGAGAGGGGAGCGGCGCCCGGGCCGGGGCCGGGGGCGGGUGGGGAGGGGGGAGGGCGGCGGCCGGGCCGGGGCUCGGGAUCCGCAUCGGGAUCGGGCCGCCAUGGACGACAAGGCGUUCACCAAGGAGCUGGACCAGUGGGUCGAGCAGCUGAACGAGUGUAAGCAGCUGAACGAGAACCAAGUGCGGACGCUGUGCGAGAAGGCAAAGGAAAUUUUAACAAAAGAAUCAAAUGUGCAAGAGGUUCGUUGCCCUGUUACUGUCUGUGGAGAUGUGCAUGGUCAAUUUCAUGAUCUUAUGGAACUCUUUAGAAUUGGUGGAAAAUCACCAGAUACAAACUACUUAUUCAUGGGUGACUAUGUAGACAGAGGAUAUUAUUCAGUGGAGACUGUGACUCUUCUUGUAGCAUUAAAGGUGCGUUAUCCAGAACGCAUUACAAUAUUGAGAGGAAAUCACGAAAGCCGACAAAUUACCCAAGUAUAUGGCUUUUAUGAUGAGUGUCUGCGAAAGUAUGGGAAUGCCAACGUUUGGAAAUAUUUUACAGAUCUCUUUGAUUAUCUUCCACUUACAGCUUUAGUAGAUGGACAGAUAUUCUGCCUCCAUGGUGGCCUCUCUCCAUCCAUAGACACACUGGAUCAUAUAAGAGCCCUGGAUCGUUUACAGGAAGUUCCACAUGAGGGCCCAAUGUGUGAUCUGUUAUGGUCAGAUCCAGAUGAUCGUGGUGGAUGGGGUAUUUCACCACGUGGUGCUGGCUACACAUUUGGACAAGACAUUUCUGAAACCUUUAACCACGCCAAUGGUCUCACACUGGUUUCUCGUGCCCACCAGCUUGUAAUGGAGGGAUACAAUUGGUGUCAUGAUCGGAAUGUGGUUACUAUUUUCAGUGCACCCAAUUACUGUUACCGGUGUGGGAACCAGGCUGCUAUCAUGGAAUUAGAUGACACUUUAAAAUAUUCCUUCCUUCAGUUUGACCCAGCGCCUCGUCGUGGCGAGCCUCAUGUUACACGGCGCACCCCAGACUACUUCCUAUAAAUUUCUCCUGGGAAACCUGCCUUUGUAUGUGGAAGUAUACCUGGCUUUUUAAAAUAUAUGUAUUUAAAAACAAAAAGCAACAGUAAUCUAUGUGUUUCUGUAACAAAUUGGGAUCUGUCUUGGCAUUAAACCACAUCAUGGACCAAAUGUGCCAUACUAAUGAUGAGCAUUUAGCACAAUUUGAGACUGAAAUUUAGUACACUAUGUUCUAGAUAGGUCAGUCUAACAGUUUGCCUGCUGUAUUUAUAGUAACCAUUUUCCUCUGGACUGUUCAAGCAAAAAAGGUAACUAACUGCUUCAUCUCCUUUUGCGCUUACUUGGAAAUUUUAGUUAUAGUGUUUAACUGGCAUGGAUUAAUAGAGUUGGAGUUUUAUUUUUAAGAAAAAUUCACAAGCUAACAUCCGCUAAUCCAUUACCGUUUAUUUUAUUGAAAUGUAUAAUUAACUUAACUGAAGAAAAGGUUCUUGGGAGUAUGUUGUCAUAACAUUUAAGAGAUUUCCUUUCAUUUAAACUAAAUUACUGUUUUAUGUUGAUCUGCAUAUUUCUGUAUAUUUGUCAUGGCAGUGCUUGCAUCCUAUUUGGUGUACUCAGCAAAUAAACUUUUCAUUUUAAACAAAAA